CUGGACAGGCAGGCGUAUUUCUGGAAUAUCGCGAAUUGGGACGCGCUGGACAAGCGGGCGACCAGCGAUGUGUUUCGGUGCGGCGGGCACGCAUGGCGGAUCCUGCUCCGGCCGUUUGGCAGCUCGCACAAGGGCGUGUUGUCGUUCUUUCUGGAG